AUCCAGCAAAUCAUACUGUCGCAUUUAAUCUAAAAGAUGUCGGAGCACUAACGAUUGUGAGAAAAGGACUUCAGGUAUAUCCAAACAAAUGUGGCAACAGAACAUCAAAAUGUACUCAGUUGUGCAUUCCGGUUGCUGCACAAAACAAGGAUAAAGACGCAGUUGAUAAAUGUUAUUGCGACAACGUCAAUUACUCCCCAGACAAAAAAGGACAUUGCGCUUGCCGAAGCAAUGAAGUUUUGACACCAAGUGGCCAAUGUGAGCCUAAUACGACAAGCUGCAAUACGAAUGAAUUCCGAUGCAGUGAUGGUAGAUGUAUACUUGCUAGUUGGAAAUGUGAUCAUGCUAAAGAUUGUGCUGACGAGUCUGAUGAAAUCAACUGUCCAUAUGAAAAGUGCAAAGCAAAUUUCACCGCAUGCAAAGGGUCGUCCUAUUGCGUGAACAACAAGUGGUUAUGUGAUGGACAAAAAGAUUGUGCCGACGGCUCCGAUGAAGAUGGUUGUCCUGAUGUUCAAUGCAAUUCUACUACACAGUUCAGCUGUGCUAAUAAGCAAUGCAUCAAUAUCCAAUACAAAUGUGAUGGUGAUUAUGAUUGCGAUGACAGAUCUGAAUGAGUUGAAUUGUGGCGGAGGAACUUCAGAAUGUAAUUCUGAUUUAUCGUUUAAAUGUCAAACAAAAUUAUAUGGAGAUAGAUGUGUGCCCAAGAUAUGGAAAUGUGACGGAGAGGUUGAUUGUGAUGAUGGUGCCGAUGAAAAAAAUUGUGGUAAUAACACGUGUUCAGAAUAUCAAUUUGGAUGUGGAGAUGGAACGUGCAUUUUUAAUUUCUGGAAAUGUGAUGGCGAUAAUGACUGUAAUAAUGGUGCCGACGAAAAGAGUUGUCCAUCUACAAGCACCACCCCAAAAACAACAACAUCGCUUCCCUUUGGACAUGGUAAAUGCACUGUGACAGAAUUUCAGUGUGAAAAUCAUCCUACUUGCAUUCCACUACAAUGGAAAUGUGAUGGUACUAAUGACUGCGGAGAUCAUAGCGAUGAAUAUGAUUGCCAAGCGCCAACAACUUCGGGAAAUUCAUCAACGGGAGCUCACACUUGUUUCAAUUCCAUCUUCCAAUAUAACUGCAAUAAUGGAUUAUGCAUACUCUCAUUUUUUGAAUGCGAUGGUGACAAUGACUGUGGGGAUUGGUCCGAUGAACGUCACUGUCAAAAUUUUCCAGAUCAUCACAACCAUCCAGGAUGCUUUUAUGGAAAUGGAUUUGAUUAUGCAGGGACCAGAAAUUACACAAAAAGUGGACGAACGUGCCAAAAAUGGUUGAAAAAUUCUCCCCACAAGCCUCAUUACUGGCCACAGGAUCGGGAUAAUAACUAUUGCAGAAACCCAGAUAAUGAUGGAUAUGGACCGUGGUGUUAUACCACUGAUCCAAAGAAAAGAUGGGAAUAUUGUGGAAUACCUCGCUGUGCCAAUUCCUCAAAACCUAUUGUACCUGCCCCGACACCUGAACCCAAUCAGUGCCAGGAUGGCUAUUACUCUUGUGGCCAGGACAAAUGUAUCCCUGACAGAUGGGUCUGUGACGGAGAAGACGACUGCGACAAUCAAGCAGAUGAAGACUGGUGUAAUUUCAAAUGUGAUGCAGCACUUGAGAUGAUGUGCAAAAACGAUCGAUGUAUUUUAAAAACGCUAAUGUGCAACGACGCAAAUGACUGCGGAGAUAAUACAGAUGAGGCAAGUUGUACUCAUGCUCAUGCUCCAUGCAACUCAAACACAGAAUUCAGGUGUCCUGAUGAUGGUAAAUGUAUUGCGAAAUCAAAGGUAUGCAACAAUUACUUCGAUUGUCCAGAUCAUUCAGAUGAACACAAUUGUACCUGGAUCAACCAUUUCUACUUGCCCUCGAUGUUGCCAUGUGCAGAUUCAGGCAAAUAUAUACAUGUGACAGACAAAUGUAACUACUUGGUGGACUGUCCUGAUGCAAGAGAUGAGAUUGGAUGUACAGAUCACAUCAUCCCAUUUUUAUCAGUUUUCGACUGUUCAAAUUAUCUCGAUGACUCUGCGUGUGAGAGACUUGACUGGAAACCACCUCAAAAACCAGUUCCAUCAACACUUACUAGCCAAGCAAAAUAUAGGAUUUAUUACAGUGAAACUUUUAUUUCAUCACCAGAUGAAGACAGCAUGAAAAAUCUACCUGCGAUUUCACCAAAAAUUACUGAAACCACUGCUAAAAUAAAAGGACUCAAGUUCAAUCAACUGUAUUAUGCUUAUAUCACAAUAAGCAUCAAUGGAGUUAUCCUGCCUUUUCAACAAAGCAAUUCGAUAAGGUUUAGAACUGUUUAUGGAAAGCCAAAAGCUCCGACCCACGUUGAGGCAAUGGAUGAGACCAUUACGUCGUCCGGUUUAUACUAUGUUUCAAUCUCUUGGAAUAGUCCCAGUGGAAAUAAUGAUGGGUUUCAAACCUACUAUGCCAGAGUUACUGAUAAGAACAAACAGAAUUCAACGUAUAAGAUGUACGUCGAUAACUGUGCUCGAUGCCGCUUUGGUUUGAACAUAAAACAAGGUGCAGUCACUGUACACGUACUUGCAAACAACAAAUAUUAUAAUAGCUCAUGGUCUGAACCACUACAGUUAUGCGUUGGUUGUAUUAAAAAACCCAAACUGACAGCUAUUCCAUAUGGAAGCUAUGGAUGCAAUUUGUCAUGGACAAUCGAAAACCCAUUGGAUAUUGAAAUCGCAAAUUUCAGUGUUCUACUCCAGUCUGACAACAACAUUGCAGAUCGCAGAAUAGUUGCUGCUGCCAAACAGCGUUCUCUGACUUUAGAUAAAUUACGACCUCAAACUAAAUAUGACAUCAGAAUAGCAGCGUGGACAGAAGAUUCCAUGAGCUCCUAUUCUGAUUUUGCUACGAUAAAUCUAGCCGGCCCAUCUCCCAUUUCUCCUUACAUUACCAGCGUGAAACCUAAUUCAACUACCAGUUUCGUCAUAAGUUGGAAAACAACGAAGAAUAAAAGUCCGAGUGGAUAUUUAUUUGAGGUUUCAUGGAACGAACAAGACAAUCGAGAUCCAAACAAAAAAGUUACCAAAGUGUCUGGUUAUUCAACCGUGGUCCAACAUUUACCAAGUAAUGUUGCGCAAAUCUUCAAGGUUCGAGUCAUCCAGCCGUAUAUAGGUGCAUACAGUCCGCCAGUAUUCGGUACUCCAUUGUAUGAUUAUUCUGAGGCACCGAGAAAUCUUGAGGCUUCAGCCAGACCAGACCAUGUAACUGGAAUUGUCAGCUGGGACAGACCCACAGAUGGUGGCAUUGUAUCUUUGAACUACAUCCUCACAGUCACAGAUUUGGGAACAAACAAAGCCAAGUCUAUGGUUGUCAACGAAACAAAAAGCACAUUGCACAUUAGCCAAGUGAUCUCGCAUUUAGUGCCCAACACACAUUAUAAUGUUUCUGUUAGAGUCAAUACAAAGGAUUCGAAUCCAGCAGUUACAACAUUUUAUGACGGCAUCAUUCCAGGACCUCACAUUGAGAGAGCUGAACCACUCGGGGCCAACAUUACUAAUUAUGUGAUCAUUUUCUCAAUUGACCCAACGUUCAAAAAUUUUUAUGACAUACAUGCCAGCAAGAUACAAAGUUGGAUAUGUAAUGGAACGAGUGUAAAAUCACCAUUGGAAAAUGCAACUUUAUGCAAAGAACAACCAGACGUAUCAAGUAAAGAGAAUGUUAUAGAAUUGCCGCCUCUAGUUCCUAAUAAUACGUAUAGAAUUUUCUUACGUGGCAGCUGUGAUUCAAUACAUGAAUGCGGAUUCUCCCACUAUGAUUUGUUUGUUGAUGGUAGCAGACAUAUUAUCGUCGAUACGGCUCCGUCAUCUUCUUUCCCGCUCACAACAACGAAUAUAGUUGCUGUCGCUGCACCGAUCAUCGUUCUUGUUUUGAUUCUCAUUGGUAUUAUUGUAUACCUGCAAAUUCGAAAGAAGCGGUUAUCGGACGCAUACAGAGGUUUCGUGGCGUCACACUACGAUCCACAAUCAGGGGAAGCUAUAUUUGUUUCAAAUGGUGAUGACGCAGACACUGGUCUCGCUCUUGAUGACGAUGAUGAUGCAGAAACUCCUCUCAUAACUGGAUUCGCAGAUGAUGAACCUUUAAUUGUUGCUUGAUGCGAUCGCAACAUGUCAUAGAAAAUUUCUGGUUUUGUACAGAAUGAGAUAUAUAUAUAUAAAUAUAUAUUUACAUAUUUGCUCUGCUUCAAAACUCAAAUCUUCAUACAACAUCUGGUUAUCUGUGUAUCAAACUUGAUUUGACUUUCAAAAAUCACAGCUUACAACUGUUGCCUUUUAUCAGGCUUGUAUGUUUUAUCGAGUAUGGCUCAUAGAUGGGGUAUGUCUUAUUGGCUUAUUUAAUGAAAGAUAUGUAUUUUGUUCAUCACAAGAAGGAUAAGAAAGGUACGCAAAAUUUUUUGUAAACUAGGUUCAAACCUCCAAUUUUAUUUUCAUUAAUUUUGGUUAUCAUUAGUAAUAAUGUUCUUCUAUGUAUGUAAAGCCAGUUGCACUUUCUUGCUGCAUGUUUUUGCUUUGACAAUUUUAACAGUGUAAAAUUUUAUCCGUCACUAUCAAAAAAUUUUUUGCGAAAUGUACAAAUUUUUUUUUUUACGUAUAUAAAUAUAUGACAUAGAUUUUCUUCUCAGACAUUUUCACACCAAAAGUUAUUAUUUUGAAACAUCUGUUCUUUUUUUAUUGGGCAUAUUUGUUUUAUUUUUAGUCGUAACAGGGGAACGUUGCCUACAAACUUUUAAACUUGGUUUUUCACAAUCAUAUGCAAUUUACUAUUCCAGUUGGGUUGAAAAUACGUGCUUGGUAAUGCUUUAUCUUAGUAAAAUUGAGAACUGCCAGAGACAAUGAAAUGUAACAGAUUUCAGGAUUGUCAACCAUGUAGUUCUUCAGAUCAGAAUAUUUAUCAGUAAUUAUCGGUUAUAAUUGGGUUUUUCUAUAGCAGAUAUUUCUAGUGUAAGUCGGCCAUUUUUUAUUUUGUAUAUAUACUUUAACGCGCCUCCUGAACUUCUAAAAUUGCGUAUAAUUGUUUAACACAGCUGGCCAUUUCUGUGACCCAUGGUGUAAUUCUUUAUAGCCGUUUUUUUGAUCUAACAACAUUUGAUUUAUAUUUCUCAAUAUUCUAUUAUCGACUGUGUUUCAAUACAAAAGUUUUACUGUUAUACAGGGAUCCUUUAUUGGUCCACAGUUGUUUGUGUUAUGCCCUCAUCGAAGAUUGGUACAUAAAAUUCAUUAACAUUGAUAAUACCGGUAAUUCAUUUUCUAUUGUUAAUAUCAUAGACAUUAUGCAACUCUUGUCACAAAGUGACUUUAAAAUGAUAAAACCAUGAUACUUUUUAAGUUUUUGAAGCACAUUUUUGUUUUUGAUUAGAAAUAUUCAGCGGUAUUCUACAAUAAAUAUAGGUAUCUGCUAAGGGAAUUUCUUCAUAAAUCAUCUUUCAGGCCUUCCUUGACUUACCAUUGUUUCGGUACCAUACAAUAUUCCUCGGCUCAACACACUUAAAAUUUAUUGAAAAACUUAUUUUGAGUGAUUUUUUCUAUUGAAUACUUCGAUCCUUCUUAUUUGUGCUGGUUACCGGUAAUUCCAUGUUAAAAUCUGCAGGAAAUUUUUGCAUAUUCCAAUUUUUUUAGAUUCAUCAAUAUCAAAAGCCCAAGGUUUUGAAAAAACCAAUUAUUAGCUUCUGUUUGCAUUCUCCAUUAGCAGUCGCAUAAAUUGGAAUAAUAUGUUUAUAACUUCAUAGUAGAUAUUAUACUUUCUCUGCCCUAAACAAAUAUACCUUGUGUCUGAAGCUUUCCAUACCCAACCCUCGAUAUUUUUCAUAAUUUAUCUUAUGAACCCACAUGGAGCAUUUUGUAAACAAUACAUUUUUAUUUUAUGUGAUGCAAAUAACAAUUGUCGAUUUUUUUAUUAACAUGAUUGUGAAUAAUAUAUCUCUUUUUUUCAUCUAUCUUUUGCUUCGUGUUUAAAAGCCUUAUUAUGCGGGUGGUAAAUAAAAUCCUGAAAAAACGAA